CUGCGUGGCCUAAAAGAACCGCCAUUAAAUCGAUGCUAUCUUCUGAGACCUCCCAGAGGUAAGCACCCUUUCAAACCCAAUAUCAUGCACCACUAACAUUAUACUAGAGUUGCGAGAUAAAAUCCUGCGAUAUCUAUUAUAUCAACCUACCGGUAUCGUUCCAUUUGUUCCAGACUACCAACAAUGGGGAGGACCAGUACCCUGGGAGAUAUACAACUUCAAGCAUAGAGCUGGUCAAAAGACAACAGCGCACUACUGCUUCGACGAUCAGUGUGACUACUGUUCCAUAGACUGUAAGGUGCUUGGAAUCACGUGGACCACCAAACCCAACCCCAAACAACGAGACAUCGUCACUCGAGGGGAGCCUCAUCUCUUAGAGAGCAUCGAUAGACAUCCUGGCUCAGCUACACACACUCCGCAUGUUGUUCUUCCGGAUACAACCGAUAAAGAGACGGGCGAUCGAGUUCAGCAUUACCUGCAUCGACGAUUUGACGGAAGCCUAGAAGUCGUCCACCGAAAGUAUAUGACUGUACUCCCAAUCAGUGGUACUGAAAUUUUGAGAACCUGUAAGCAACUCAAUUUAGAGGGUUCCAAAAUUCUCUACGGUGAGAACCUUUUUGUCUUCAACAACAUACGACGAGGGAGAGAAGAAGGCAUCUAUUGUUUUGACCCCGAGAAUGAUCUCACAGAACUUGCAUCCUACCUCCCAGGUAUUCCACGAGAAGGAGCAGCAAUCUCAGAAAAUCAGGUUUCUGUGGCCUUCCAGAAGUUGUUUGCUCCCCAAAAGCAGCUGGGUCUCAACGGCAAAGGAGAGGAGAUCUUACAUUGGGAUUCUCUUCUGAACGUCUUCCGAAAGAUUGGCAUCCGCAAUGCUUCCAUGUUGACUCGACUUAAGCUCGAGGGCCAUUUCCAGGAACAGGAAGAACAAGAUGUGCGGUCGCGUCUUGACUUCUCCGACAUGCUGCGAUGUUACCUCACAGUUAUGAAGCGUGUGGGGUGCAACAUUCGAAGUCUUACAUUACAUACAAGAGACGCCAUAGCCGAAGACGAGGAUGCAGCAAAGAGAGCUGAAGACUCGGUAGCUAUGCUUGUGGACGGGCUUCCCACUCUGCAAAAGUUACAGCUAGGGCAAUAUCGAUUCAACGUUAGGCCUAGACCGGUUGACGACUGGGGAAAUACCGUGAGAUGGUCAAAGAUAGUCGAUGAGCGAGAUGCUGUUGACUCGCCCGCUGUUCAAGAAUCAGCCGAGAGCAUAUUAACGGAUAUCAACAGAGAAGCUGAAAAUUACUUCCAAGCUAUCGCUCGCGAACUUCAUGAUCUUCCAUUCCUAGAUGGGUACGAGAGCUCAUUCAGACCAAGAGAAAAGGCGAGACAUCAUCGUGCGUCCUAUGCAGCGGAAAAUGGGGGGUACAUGAUUUAUUUGGGACCUGCCAAGGGUGAAAGACUCUUCAAAUGGAUGGGAAGGCGAUAUAGCGGGUAUCAGUGGAAUGCUACCGGCGAAUUGGUAUGGCGCAGAGGUGACUGGGAACGUAUUGCCCAACGAAAACUCAUCUGGGGCUCCCUUUGA